GGCCCGCAAAAUGCCAGGCGCAUGUCUACAGAGUCUUAGUUGCCUAUAUGCAUGCGUAAGCGGAAUUCAAGGUAAAGUUUGUUAAUAGAGCUUGGCUGUACCUUUUCCCUUCCAGUCUCUCGCAGCCAAAGCAGUUAUAUAAGUGACUCGAUCAAGCAUCCCUUUAUCCGGUCCUAACCACUCGUUCAUUACAUACAUAUACGAGUACUUCUAUUUUAGACAAUCACUUGCGACUCCUAAGGUAUAUAGAGUCUAGUUAACUGUUCUAAGUCUUCUUUCUACAUUAAUAGCCAACAUCCUCGGACCCCAUUUCUUACGUUUAUAACCCAGUUCACUACCAACAGCUUAACAUCCACCAAAAUGAAGGUCUUCACAGUUCUUACGCUCUUGGCGGCUACUGCCGUAGUAGCUCAGACGGAUGCCCAGACGGAUACCCAGACGGAUACUCAGACUAAUAGCCAAGAUGCUACGGCUGUAACCGCGACUGGUACGGCCGUCGCCCGCGCGACUAGCGAUGGCACAGAUGCUACCGCUAGCAGUAGCGCAAGCGACGCUGCUAUCAGCUCAGGCACAGACGUUGCUAACAGUGCUGUCAGCAGUGCUACUGAUAGCGUUGAGACCGGAGUUAGCAGCGCUGACGCUGACGCUGACGCUAGCGCUACUAGCGAUGCAGUUGCAGAAACCACGGGCAGCGAUGCCGUUGUUGCUACCGGCGCCAGCGACGCUACAUCUCCUACCAUUAUCGUUGCUCCCCAGAGCACAACUGAUACGGGAUCCUCUGCCGUGGUAGAAACCGACACCGCCAGCACUACCGCUGCCCAGGAAGCAGGUACCACUGUCGUGGUUGGAACAGGAUCGGUUGGAACCGCAUCAGCCGCAUCAGGAACGGCUGGAACGGCUGGGACUGGUGUUGCCUCUGCAUCCUUAAGCUCAGGAUCGGGUGUUAAUGAUACUUUCGCGACCAGCGUUACCGAUAGCGGAGAGGCUACUGCCACUCCAUCCGGCCCUACUACGACUUUCGACAUCGGCGACUCUGAUGCUUCAAGCUCAACUGUCGUGCCGGAUGCCGGCGCCGGCGCCACAUUCGGAGCCGGCUCUAACAGCAUGUUAGCUCUUGUCGCUCUAGCUGCGGCCGUCCUGUUGUUCUAGACGACGUGCGCAACUGGUCCGGACCGAAUAAGUUCGGAUGUGUGCAUGGCAUCUAUAUGCCGCAUAAGCCUAUCGCUGGAUAACCGGAAGAUCUUCUAUCUAUC